ACGACACAUGGCCCGUUGUACCGGAAGAGUUGAAAUUCAAGUAGUGUUUCACUUUCAUUUCAGAUAUUUUUAUGUGAAAUAUAGCAAAAUAAGUUAUAUAGCGUAUAAUAUUUAAUAUAUAUAUAAUACUGGGCCACCACCAUGAACAGUUGCUGCUUCAUCUGUGUAUUUGCAGUGCUGAUAACCAAAGUGUGUCUGCAGGUCACAGUACAGGCUGUUAUUGGUGGUUCUGUUCUCCUGCCGUGUUCUUCAACUGAAGAUAAUAAUAAAAUUGAAAGCAUUGAUGUGAGCUGGAGACACAAUGGUAGCAAAGCUGUAUUUGAUAUAAUUCCACACAGUACUGCACCAGUGACACAGGACCCAGAUAACAAGAACAGAGUUGAAACUUUCCCUCUGGAGUAUCUGAAAGGAAAUUUCUCCAUUAAACUCAACAAUCUUCAACACACUGAUGCAGGACAAUACAUCUGCUACAUCACACACUCAUCUGAAUAUCAUACUGUACAGCUGAUCAUCAACGAAUCAAUAUCCACCGAUCAAGGAAACCAAGGAGAAAUGGAACAGGAGGAAAUGAGGUUAUCACUGCCUUUGCUUUUGGUUUGCAUUAUGUUACCUGUGAUGUUAUUGAUAGUGGUUAUUAUUUUGAUUUUAGUUUUCAGGGCAAAAAAGUGUUCAAUCAGCCACAAGGCAGCUGGAAAUGGCGUGGUUUCGGCCACUCGUGACGUUGUGAGCUCUAGCACACAAUAUGAUCCAGUAAAGACUGAUAAUCAUGAUGAAUCAGUUGAUAAAUGAAAAUCUGUACUUUCCUGCAGCAACUGCAUGAGCUUUUGCAUUUAACAUGGAGUCAGAGGAUGAAGUUGGUGCUUUCUUUAUUGCUGUAGUAGCUUGGGAUAGAAAAAUAAAUAAAAAGACGAGUAUCAAAGGAAUUGUUUGAAGAACAGAAAACGUUUGUGUUUCUGUGUCUUCCUUUUAUGCACAUUAUAAGGCUACCUAGCAAUCUAUAGUGGCAAGUGACAUGGUCGUUCAUGGUUUUGGAAUUCAAGUAAAUUCCCAAAAAUGAUCAGGAGCUCUACUGUAAUUAUAUUAUAUUAUAAGAGUUUCCAGGCACAAAGGGAAAGCAACAGUAACUAUAGUGAAACACAAAUCACUAUUUAUGCACCAUAUAAACUACUUACCUGGUCAUAAGACAUUUCGUGAAUAUCCAUCUUUAUUUCAUUAUUUACUUAUUUAUUCCUUUUAAGAUGUUUGAUGUUGUUAGCAACAUUUGCACUGAUAAGACAAUCACCUGUAGCCAUGAGCUCAGUUUUCGCCUUAAAAGAAAAAAGUCACUAU